AUGGGGUAUCGACUCCCGUCAGCGGCUGCUUUACGACCGAAAGAGGGAUUGAAACCGACGGUCCCCGAGACGGUGGGAGCCAGGCGUCUCCAUACAUCAGGCCCACCUGGUCCGUACGGUCCGCCCUGCAGGAAUCCUAAACUUCCAUAUCUGCAUGAGGAGAUGUUGGGAGGCAGAUGUUACCAUAUAUCAGGUCCAACUGGUCCGAUCGCCCGUCCUUCAGGAAACCCAACCUUCCAUGCCUACAGCAAGAAAGCUGCCCUCCAACUCUCCCCGAGUUGGACGAUCCGACAGAUGGACAUGCGAGCAUUAGUACCGUCCAGGCUAGCCUAUAAACCGGAAGAUCCUACAACUGUUGGGUUGACCUGGCAGAGGCGCUCCAUCGCUUCGAGUAUGAACGAAGUGAGCCAGAGUGCGGGUACACCUGAAUUUCCGAGUUUGUAUGCAGCUGCGGCGCCCGUCGAUACCGACCGUCGUGCCAUUCGCUUCGGGUUAAUCCUGAAGACCCCAAUCCCGUGGAGGCAGGGCGCGUACGCUCGGGCGUAA